AAGAUUGGAGUGGUUUGAUUGGAAAUAAGUUGGUCAACAUCAACAUUAAUAAUUGUUAUAAAUAAUUGUGAAAGUUAAAAAUAAUUGCUUAAUUGUUGACAGAUUACUCGUAAUUAUCUGACCAUAUCGCUUUAAGUGUUCCUGUUAAUUGAUAAAUUUCCGUGAACUUGCAACAUCAUCAACACAGGUGUUACUUCUUGAGUGUCCAUCGGCGUCAAUUUUUCAUUUGAUGUCUCGAAUCUUAUCCGAUUUUAGGGCAACCAGGUGUACGAUUAGAUAAUAUCAAACGAAUAAAUACUCGUCUCCCGAUCGAAAAUUACUACAUUAUUGUCUGUUUCCUCGUGAACACGCUGCGCUAUGAAGGUCCUCGCAUCUGUUUGUAUCAUCGCUGCGUUCUGCAUAGCGUCGUCUCUGCAGGACACCCCGCAUAGUCCAUGUAAUGACGGGCCUUUACCUCUGGCACUGAGGAUAGACGGAUGCAGCAGUUUGCCUUGUAAUAUAUACAAGGGAACUGAUCUGAUCGCGCAGUGGGAUUUUGCUGCCAAUGCUGAUGCGAAAUCGCUGACACCGCGCGUGAAAGUGACGUUUUGGGGAAUUACAAUAGAUUAUCCGUAUCCGGAGCAGGACGCGUGUAAAUCUCUAACAAAUGGAAGAUGUCCAUUAGCGAAGAGCGACAAAGUUACGUACAAUCUCAAAAUGCCGAUAGACAAGAGUUACCCAGAUGUGGUUUUGAAAAUUGAAUUCGCCUUGGUCGACGAAAACAAGAACGUGCAGGUGUGCUUUAAAGUGGACGGCCAGGUGACCGACAAAUAAGCUCUCUUCAAAGAAUUCAGAUUCAUCGGUUAUAUAUAUAUAUAUAUAUAUAUAUUAUAUAUAUAUAAUAUAUAUAUCUAUAUAUUAAUAAAGCAUAAAUUAUAGUAAAGGAUUUAAUUUUUUUAUCUUCAUUUUACACCAACAUUGAGACAGUAUCGAUAGUAGUGAACGUUAAGAUAUGCAGUGAGAGGUCAUAUCUCGCCGAGAUUAUGAAGGUGAAAUUCAUAGAUAUUUAAGCGCUCGAAAUUGUUAGUGAUAAUUUCAACUUCUGACACUAUGACUGAUAAACUAGGCGACAAAAUUAUUCAACUUAGCGGUAUCUUUACGAAUUAUUAACCUGUUAUGUAAAUAACGUAAUAAUAAAAACUUUAACAUGAGUAUACAUAUGUAUAAAUGACCACGAUGUAAGAGUUCAUUCAUGAAAUAAAUUUUUAUUAAAUUCACAUA